GUGUGGGGGGAGGAGCAGAGGGAGAGGGAGAGAGAAUCCUUAAGCAGACUCCCCACUGAGCACAGAGCCCCCCUCUCCCCCCCGAUCAUGACCCUGAGCCAAAUCAGGAGUCCGAAGCUCAACUGACUGAGCCGCCCAGGCUCCGCUCCUUCCCAUUUUCAUGAGUGUGGAGAUCCUAGUCUGGCUCGGUCUUGCACGUUUCCCAAGUCAUUCAGAAUGACCCCAUCAAACCUGCUCCACCCACAGAGUCCCUACCCCCACCUUUGCUCUCAACUGAGCCUGUGUCCUGGAUCACACCGGGUCUGAAGAUGAAACUGCUAUGCCAUGGGGGAUUUCGUGGUGUGACCUUCCUGCUGAGGCGGGAAGGCGAUGAUCAGUUUUUAGAUGUGGCUGAGGCCCCUAAAGAUGCAGAGGCUACCUUCUCAGUCCAUCAGCCUGGCAAUUACAGCUGCAGCUACAGGACCCACGAAGCGGGUGCACCCUCUGAGCCCAGUGCUACUGUGACAGUGGAGGAGCUGGAAGCACCGUUGCCACCCACGCUGAGUUUCCUGGGAGAGUCUGCAGGUGUCCUGCCCCGGGGCGCUGGCGCAAACCUCCUUUGCGUGGCGCCCCUGAGCGGCGUGGAAUUCCAGCUGCGGCAGGGCGAGGAGGAGCUGCCGGUACCCAGGAGCUCCAGCAGCCCAGACAGCAUCUCCUUUCAGCUGAACGCGGUGGCUCUAGGAAACGCGGUCUCUACACCUGCCGCUAUCGGCUGCGUGCCAAGCAAACCUGGUCCUCUGACAGUGCACCUGCCGAGCUGCUGCUGAGCGACGAGACGCUUCCCGCGCCGAGCUCUCCGCCCACCCCGCGACUCUGCGCCCCGCGCCCGCACGCUGGUGCAGCUGCGGUGCCGGGCUCCCCGGGCCGGGCCUGCGCUUCGCCCUGGUGCGCGAGGACGCCAAGCGCC